UAUGAUCUUACUCGCCUUCAGCACUGCAAGUCGGGGGGAUAUCGUGCAUCAGUCCAGGGUCCUCUUCUUGCAAGCCUUGCUUUGGAUUUUAUGUGCCACCGGAUGCCGAGCAGAGCAGUAUUUUAAUGUAGAGGUGUGGUUACAAAAAUACGGCUAUCUUCCAUCCUCUGACUCCAGAAUGUCCGUGUUGCGCACUGCAGAGACAAUGAAAUCUGCUAUAGCUGCCAUGCAGCAGUUCUAUGGCAUUAACAUGACAGGAAAAGUGGACAGGAACACAAUCGAUGAUAUCACCUUAAGAUGGAUGAAGAAGCCUCGUUGUGGAGUUCCUGAUCAGAUGAGAGGCAACUCUAGAUUUAACAUUCGACGAAAACGAUAUGCUUUAACAGGGCAGAAGUGGCAACACAAAUAUAUCACUUACAGCAUAAAGAAUGUCACUCCAAAAGUAGGAGAUGCUGAAACCCGUAAAGCUAUUCGCCGUGCCUUUGAUGUGUGGCAGAAUGUAACCCCUCUGACAUUUGAGGAAGUUCCUUAUGUAGAACUGGAGAAUGGCAAGAAAGACGUGGAUAUUACUAUAAUUUUUGCAUCAGGUUUUCAUGGAGACAGUUCUCCAUUCGAUGGGGAAGGAGGAUUUUUGGCUCAUGCUUAUUUUCCUGGGCCAGGAAUUGGAGGUGAUACUCAUUUUGACUCAGAUGAGCCAUGGACUUUGGGAAAUCCCAAUCAUGACGGAAAUGAUUUGUUUCUAGUAGCAGUUCACGAACUGGGACAUGCCCUUGGAUUGGAGCAUUCAAAUGAUCCGACUGCUAUUAUGGCUCCAUUUUACCAAUACAUGGAAACUGACAAUUUCAAACUACCUAAUGAUGAUUUGCAGGGAAUUCAAAAGAUAUACGGUCCACCUGACAGAAUCCCACCACCAACAAGACCCUUGCCGACAGUACCUCCACAUCGUUCUGUCCCUCCAGCUGAUCCUAGGAAGAAUGAUAGGGCUAAAGCUCCUCGGCCACCCACAGGGGAUAAGCCCUCCUACCCUGGUGUCAAACCCAAUAUCUGUGAUGGAAAUUUCAAUACUCUAGCCAUUCUCCGCCAUGAAAUGUUUGUUUUCAAGGAUCAGUGGUUUUGGCGAGUCAGAAAUAACAGGGUGAUGGAUGGAUACCCCAUGCAGAUUACCUACUUCUGGAGGGGACUGCCUCCAAGCAUUGAUGCAGUUUAUGAAAACAGUGAUGGAAACUUUGUUUUCUUUAAAGGUAACAAGUUCUGGAUCUUCAAAGACACCACCCUCCAGCCAGGGUAUCCUCAUGAUUUGAUAUCAUUAGGAAGUGGGAUUCCUCCUCAUGGUAUUGAUUCAGCAAUUUGGUGGGAGGAUGUUGGGAAAACUUACUUCUUCAAAGGAGACAGGUAUUGGAGAUACAGUGAAGAUAUAAGAACUAUGGACACAGGUUAUCCCAAAUCAAUCACAAUCUGGAAAGGUAUCCCAGAAUCACCUCAGGGAGCCUUUGUUCACAAAGAAAAUGGCUUCACAUAUUUCUACAAAGGCAAAGAAUACUGGAAAUUCAACAAUCAAAUGCUCCGGGUGGAACCGGGAUAUCCCAGAUCUAUCCUCAAGGAUUUUAUGGGCUGUGAUGGACCAGCAGACCGGGACAAAGACCGACACAGCCCUCAAGAUGAUGUAGACAUUGUCAUCAAACUGGACAACACAGCCAGCACUGUGAAAGCUAUAGCCAUUGUCAUUCCUUGCAUACUGGCCCUGUGCCUCCUUGUCUUGGUUUACACUGUGUUCCAGUUCAAGAGGAAAGGAACACCCCGCCACAUACUUUACUGCAAACGCUCUAUGCAAGAGUGGGUGUGAUGUAGGGAUUUUUUUUUCUUCUUUUCUCCCAGGAGUAGUGGUAACAUGAAAUCCAACAAAAGAGCUGUUACGGAGUUUCCUACCAAGGAGCAGGCCUGUGUCUGUCUCAGCCAGGGAUGAUCUUUAAAAUCCAGAGGGCUGCUUGUCCUGCACAAGAGUGAGAAUUUUCUCCAGUAGGAAGCUUCAGUCGUACACAGUACCUGCCGUUUCUCCAGUCCUUCGUCUGUCUUUGUCAUUCAGUUCCAGCCUUUCCUCUGCACGCUCAAUAUACCCAAUGCAAAACAAUCAGGAUAUUCAUAAAAAAGAACAACAUGAAAAAAGAAGAAUCUCUGGCAUCCCAGUUGGGUCUGUCUUUUCUUUCUUUCUUUCUUUCUUUCUUUCUUUCUUUCUUUCUUUCUUCCUUCCUUCCUUCCUUCCUUCCUUCCUUCCUUCCUUCCUUCCUUUCUUUUUCUCUUUGAAAGAAUUUUGUGUGAGGUUAAAAAAAGAAAAGAAAAGAUAUAAGCAUUUUUUAAAGAGAAAAGAUAGAAUAACUAAAACACAACAAUCACAAUGGAACUUUCAGGAAGUGUGAAGAUCCAAAACAGCUUUGUCUCCAAAGAGGAAUGCUUUCUGUCAGCUACAGAUAUAGUCCUAUACUCCUACACAUAAUUUUUAACAAGUGGGAGAUCAGGAUGACAUACAGGAAUUCUGACUGUUUGGACAGCCAUUUUCCAACAAACAAGGGGCCAAAAUAUCUGCAAUAUAGUAACAGCCUUAAUAAUAUAUUCAUUUUGUGUUUUAUACAAUUGUUCAGAGCUAUGUCCUCAAUGUUUUCACACAUUUAUAUUCAUUACUAUAUUCAGAGAGUAUCCUUUUUACUGAUUGGUUUAGCAUUUAUUGGUUUCUCGCCUCUCCACUUUUCUCUUUUCUCCAGAAUUGUAUCAGGUCCCAGGCUUUCCAUAAGCUUCUCAGAAACCUUAUUUUGAAACCAGACUAGAAAGCAGCAAAUUCCAGAAGUAAGAAUGCAAUCAAAUAAAUUAAAAGUUACUGAGAAACAAAAGACUAGUGUUAAGUUUAUAUUACCAGUGUCUCUUUGAGAACUAUCAGUCCAAUUUUCAGGGUGGAAAAUAAUAUUGAUUGAAAUGGUAAUAGUACAAAGAUUCUGCUUUUACUUAAAGGCAACACUCCAUAACUCAUAAAUUAGAUCUACAGAGCCCUCAAUGCCAUUGCUAUCUUCUCCCAUCACUGGUGCUUCUAGUGUGUAUCCAGGACACAGUAGGUAGUCCUGGCUGGCACAUUUUCUUAUGUUACUUCAUAAUGAAGAGGCAGCCAGAAUGGGUUUGGCGGUGGUCAAGUGGAUUUGCAGAUAAUAGAAGGCAGUUGUUAGCCUUGGAAUUGAAUCAGCUGGGUUUAUUUAUUUAUUUUUAAUUGCCAUACCGAAUGUGUAGUGACAGUUCUUCAACAUUGCCUCCUUGUCUUCAGCUGGUGCUAUGCCAAGCCAUUUUAUCAGUCUCCCACGUCUCUCUGCUGCUCUUUUUCUCCCAACAAUAUUGAUCUCAUUAUUGGUAGACCCCAUGGGUCCCAUUAACAAAUAAUGAGCUUCCCUUACACUCUUGAAAAAGUGGGUGCGUGAACUGUUUUUUUUUUUUAAUUCUGCCAGCAAAUAUGGCGAAUGAGUGGCAUUACGUUCUUAUCAUGCAAGUGACCUUUUCUUUGGUACUGUGCUUGGAGGGCCAUGCAUCGUACCUUUGUGAACUUGUGGGUAGAAUUGAAAACUUGGCUGCCGUUUGGCUGGAGACAGAUACAUAUAAUUUGCAGCAGUUCAAACACCGUCUGCUAGCAGGAGGCAAUACUGCCUAUGGAUUACAUUGUCUCUGCUCACUAGUUUGUGGGGCUUUUUUGUGCUGAGCUCUGUUGAUUGGAAAUGACAGCAGCAUAACUGGGAUGAAUAGAAGAGAAAGAGAUGCUGCUGGAAACAGUCCCUCUAUCAUACUACCUUCAGCUUUCAUGAAAGCGUUGGUCCUUCUCCACCUUAAGAGCAAUAGGAAAAUGGGAUUUAAUUGUGGGACUAGACCUAACUCAUGUAACAAUUGGCUUCAUUUUUAUUUUUAAAAAAGCUUGUCUUUUUAAGUUUUUUUGAAACACUAUUCUGCAUGAGUACAGAACUUGCUUUUGAAUAUGGACACUUAUAGGCAUAGUUAACCCUAUCAAGGAGAAGAGAAAGCAACAUCUGAUACUGCCUGGCUGCUGUUUUAUCUUCACAAAAUGUGGUCAUUUGGUAUUCAUCUUAGUUCUCAAAGGAUUGGAAGACCUCUGGCAUUUAGCCGUGCACUAAGUCACGGAAAGAACCCAGGGGACUACCUGGCAUUAUGUCAUCUUGUGUAAUUUUAUGCUAACAGCAGUAUUGUCAUUUUCAUGUGACCUGCAGAGCAGGUUAUAUAUUAAUUUUUUUUUCCCUAGAGAAAAGUCAGCAACUGACAGACCUCUUUUAUUGAUUUUAGGAGCUGCUUCUCGCAGUGACAUGUUUUUUACAGUCACUGGGCUGUGAAUUUAUGAAAAGUGUUCGGAAAGAAUGCACCCCACUAGAUAGAUACCUGACUUUUUAUGAAAGCUAGGAUUCUGGGGAGGUAGCUUUUGAUACAAUGAACAGCUUGCCUUGAACUUCAUUGAUCUGUUGAUUGUCAUUACUGAGUUAAACAUUGUCUUCUGUGAAAAAGAGAAAAACCUUCGCUGUCUGAAUUUCCUUACUGUGUACUAUUUGAUGUCUUUGCUCUUUGACCUUUAACUUGCAAACUGGCACAAGCUGAAUGGGAAAUAAGAUGUUUCCAAACAUUUUGGAGUGGGACUAAAUUUUUACAAGAAAAAAAAAAGCUUAAUGUAUGUUGUCUGAAUUCAUCUGUUCUAUUACAGAAGGGCAAAGGGUGAAAAGUCCUUCUUCUAGCUGGAAUAUAUACAGACAAUCUGAUCUUAUUCCUGCUUAGUUCCAACUGACUCCAUGGGGAGAGAAUUUCUCAAUGUAAUGUGCCCAGCAUUAGUAACUGGUACAAGGUGAAUGGAAAAAUUGCUAUGUAUACAUGUACUCUACUAAUGAGCUACAGUAUACAAAUUUCUAUUUAAUUUUGAUAAAAUGUUUCAUGUGAAACCAGUCCUUUCUACAUAUGAUUUAUUUUAAAUGCAUUCUAAAAUGCAUACAAAUACUAAAAUACUUGAAAACAGCCAUCAUUGACACGUAUGGGUUCAUAUGUGUGUGUGUGUACACAAAUACAGACACAUAUACUAGACUGAAAUCAGUUUCUUACUAAUUUCCUAAUCCACAUUACCAAAUCAUUUUAUAGAGAGUGUAAGUAUAUAUGUGUAUUAUUUUUUGGUAAUGACUAGCUGGACUGCCUUGAAUUUAUAUUUCUAUUGAGUACAGCAUGAAGAUUAGUAUAAUUGAAAUGAACAUGAUUUGGGGCUUUGUUUUUUAUUCUGAAUCGAGGGUUUAUUUUGUAAAGAAAAGAGGCAUGUAAUACAGGAUUGCACAAACAACACCCCAUCAGCAUAAACAGAUUGAUGAAUGGAUGACAGAAUGAAAGAGAAAAGAAUUCCUUAGUUUAUAGCACAUAUGCAUAGCAAAUAGAGGUUUGGAAUCUCUUAAAGGUAUGAUAUAUGGUAUUUUAACAAUUGUACCACUGUGAGAUCAUUAUAUUAGCCAGUUAUACCUAACUCAGCUGAUGGUGUACUACAUGACUUAUGUAUGGUGAGCAGAUCCCAGAGUUCUCCAUUUCCUUACCCUUUCCUUUCAAAGCAUAUCAGUUAACCGGAAAAAGCAUUAUAGUUUUCUAUCAGCAAUCAGUUCUGCUACUAAGAUAGUAUUUUUUUUUCUUUUGUCUCAAAUUAUUUUGUGCUUAAUUUCAACUAAAAUAAUUAAAGUACAUUGGUUGUAUUUAACUGUAGCCAAUUAGUUAGCUUUGGCAUUCAUCAUAUGAAUGAAUCUAUUCUGAGUUUGGAUCCAAUCCAUAAAAUUUAUAUGUUAUUGCAAGAAACUAAUGGUGAAUGUUGAUACUGAUAUAAUAAGACAGGUGAUUGCAGACAGGUUUGGUGAAUAAUCAAAACUUUGGACACAUCCAUUGAAGCUUCCCGAAAGAGAUUGUCAGCACUGGCUGAUCUGUAUUUGGAAAAUGGAAAUAUAGAUAUAUUAUGAACAUUCACAAAAAUGACAGAUGGAUAACAGUCAAUAAACUUUGCAUCUUU